AUGUCACCAUUCGGGAACAGCAGGGAUGCAAACGCCAGUAACUGCGGCCACUGCGUGGAAAGCAACCACGACGACAAUGAACGCAGCGCCUCAUCGCCGCAGGAGGAAUACUUAGAGAUGGACUACGCCUCAGAGAUUGAGGAGUGCUCACGCUACACCUUCAGCCAGCUCGUGCACACUUACGACAUGACAGUGGCAGACGAGUGCGACACGGAGGAGCGAUGGCUGCGGCACCAACAGCGCGCGUACGCACGUGAGAGUGCAGACGCCCACGAGACCUGGCUGGAGCGGAUGCGCGUGCAGCAGGAGGAGACCGCGGCGGGGAUGUACGGCGCGGUGUCGCUGCGGCUGCUGCUGGGCGAGGCGCGCCACCGCCACCUUGCACACCUGCGCC